AAAAAAAUAAAUCCACAAGAAAUUAUAGUGGCUGAGAUUGCUUCACAGUCUCUCUUCCUCAGACACAAACUCUGGCUCUCUCUCUCUCUUGUUUUAGGUCUCGCCUUCUUACUCUUUUGCUUUUGUCUUCGCUUCUGCUCUGUUCUCUAUCUUUCUCCCUCUCUUUCCGCCAUCGUUUCCUCAGAGUCUAAGCGUAUAGAAUUUGUGAGAUUCAAUUUCAGUAUCAAUUGUUCAGGCGCCGAUCUACCAUUGCGUUUAACGCCAUGCUUUCCGCUCACUCGCCGAUGAAUUGAGUCCAUGCAGGAUCGGGGAAGAGAUCCGACCAGACAGAAUUUUCGUCCGUCAUGCCUUUUGCGGAAGUUUUCUCGGCAACCAAACGGAGGAUACCGGGUUUUAUAGAAGGUUUUGGCGUCCUACGAUUCGUUUUGGUGAGGAUUCUGAAUAAGGAAUUUUCUUUGUAGUGGAUUUCUUACAGUUGUUUCGGAUUCAGAGAAGCGUCUCUUUCUUACGGUGGAUUCAGAAAAAUAUCGAUAGAAUUUUAUUUCUCUUUUCUUAUAGGUGCAUGUAAAUUUGGAAUGCUUAUUAUUGAUGUUAGAAAACAGAGACGGAUCUCUACCGAUUCUCUUUGCUUUCUGUAUUUUGCAGUAGCAUUACUUUAUCAGGUUUCAUUGACAAAGACGGCUAGGCUAUUUGUAGUAUUCAAGACAUCAAGAGAUGAAAGGAGGUUGUCAUAUUCCUCGUUCGUCACGCUCCAUAAUCUGAAGCAGCGGAAGCUGCCUAGGUUCGGUAAUCUGAAGCAGCGGAAGCUGCCUAGGUUCGGUAAUGGACAUAUAUUCCUCUGGAGAGGACUUGAUUAUCAAGUUAUGAAUCUUGGUCAACAUCAGACAAGGAAACCGUAUACUAUUACCAAGCAGCGGGAGCGAUGGACAGAGGAGGAGCAUAAUAGGUUUCUGGAGGCCUUGAAGCUUUAUGGGCGAGCUUGGCAACGUAUAGAAGAACAUAUAGGAACAAAGACUGCUGUGCAAAUCAGAAGUCAUGCACAAAAAUUCUUUUCAAAGUUGGAAAAGGAGGCUCUUGUUAAGGGAGUGCCAAUAGGUCAAGCUAUAGACAUAGAAAUUCCUCCUCCACGGCCUAAAAGGAAACCAAGCAAUCCUUAUCCUCGAAAAACUGGUGUGGCUGCUCCUACUUUGCAAGCUGGAACGAAGGAUGGGAAAUUAUUAGCAUCAGUUUCUUCUUCGCAUCCUGGUAAACAAAUACUGGACUUGGAGAAAGAGCCGCUUCCAGAGAGACCCAGUGGAGAUGAAAAGCCAGGCAAUGAAAAUGAAAACCAGGAUGAGGACAACUGCUCAGAAGUUUUUACCCUUUUCCAGGAGGCUCCUUGUACAUCUAUGUCUUCAGCAAACAAAAACUCUAUACCAACACCAGUGCCACUCAGAAAUUCACGCACUUUUCGGGAGUUUGUGCCAUUAAUGAAAGAGGGAAGUAACCAGGAUGAAACAAAUGAAUCUUACAUCACUGUUGAGCCCAAAGGAAAUCAGAAGUUGGAUAAACCUGAUUCCAGGCAAAAAGCACAGGAUAGUGGCAUGAGUAAAGCCUCAAACUUGGAGAAUUCUCACCCUUCACAUGAGAAAUUGGUUCAAGCUGAGAAAACUGAUGAACCAAGCCAGUCUGAAAAUUUUGGUUCACAGCCGAAAAAUGAGAUGCAAGCAGCUCAGAACUUCCCAAGACAUGUCCCUGUGCACGUUCUAGAUGGUAGCCUAGGAACGUGUACUCAGGCACCUUCCUCGGAAAUGACGUAUGGAGAAUCCUUAGUUCACCAAAUGGGAAUUCAUGGACACCCAAACUUGUUCCAGAAUCCUGCUGCAUCUGCAACUACCGAACAUCAAAAUAACGGGUCAAGAUCUUCCAUUCAUCAGUCAUUUCCCACUUUCCAUACUCCCUUUGGCCCAAUCCGCAGCAACCAAGAUGACUACCGAUCAUUUCUCCAAAUUUCCUCUACUUUUUCGAGUCUUAUUGUAUCAACUCUGCUACAAAAUCCAGCAGCCCAUGCUGCAGCAAGCUUUGCUGCUACCUUUUGGCCCUGCUCAAAUAUGGAAGCAUCUGCAGAUUCUCCUUCAGGCACUAUUGGAGGUUUCCCAGCAAGGCAAAUAAACGCAGCUCCAAGUAUGGCAGCAAUUGCUGCAGCCACUGUAGCUGCUGCAACUGCAUGGUGGGCAGCCCAUGGAGUGCUUCCCUUGUGUGCUCCUCUUCACACUGGCUUUACCUGUGCUCCUGCAUCUGUAACCUCAGUUCCACCAACAAAUACAGGUCAAGCUCCAGCAGCCAACACAGAGAGAAGAGAAAACACUCCUCAAGAUCAACAACUGGACCUAGAAUGCUCUGAAGCUUUGCAAGCACAACAUUCAGCAUCUAAAUCACCAGCCAUGUCAUCUUCAGACUCUGAGGAGAGUGGAGGUGCAAAGCCAAAUACUGAGUCAACUGCUCCUGAUAAAGAGAAAAACACUACAGCAGUAACUGAGCUCAAUGAUUCGACCAAGAUGAAGAGUAGAAAACUGGUGGACCGUUCCUCGUGUGGUUCCAACACUCCUUCUAGCAGUGAAGUAGAGACAGAUGCAUUAGAGAAGCAUGAGAAUGGCGAGGAAGAGUGCAAAGAUGCUGAUGUAAAUCAGGCAGCUGGUGAGGCUAACAAUCGCCGUUGUAGAAGCACCAGCAUCCUUAAUGAAUCCUGGAAGGAGGUCUCUGAAGAGGGUCGGCUGGCCUUCCGAGCACUCUUCAGCCGAGAAGUAUUGCCACAGAGCUUUUCUCCUCCACAUGAUUUGAAGAAUAAGGGGCUCCAGAAUAAGGAUUUCAAAGAGAAUAAGCAGGGUGGAGACGAGAAACAUGAAAAUGCCUUGCAGUUAGACCUCAACAGCAAGGCAUGGGGACCUUGUUCCAGUCACCAAGAUGUGGAGAAAAAUGGAUUGAUGGAAAAUGACAACAGAGAAGAAGGGCUGCUCACAAUAGGGCUUGGGUAUGGAAAGAUUAAAGGUCGUAGAACAGGAUUUAAACCCUACAAAAGGUGUUCAGUAGAGGCCAUUGAUAGCAGGGUCACAAACUGCUGCAGCCAAGGUGAGGAAAAAGGCCCCAAGAGGAUACGCCUGGAAGGGGACGCUUCAACCUGAUAUUUCAUAAUGCAUGCAAAUUUAAACGGAGGAAACCUUCGUAGCUUGCAUUCAAUUUCUAAUUUUUCCCCUUCCCCUUGCAUAUUAUCAUUUUCUGUUUAAUUUCUAGUCAUGAAAGCUCACGAAACUGUCGUGUAGUUGUGUGUACCAUAUAUAUGUCUACAUUUGAUUUAUGUCCCACUGCCUUGAACCUGUCAGACUUUGAUGCAGUUAUAACUCCUUUAAA